AUGACCCUCAAGGCCGAGGACAACACGUCACAGGCAGACAAGGUUAUGGCGGCGGGCCUCCCCCCUUCCCCCUAUCCAGCAUCGUCGUCCCCAGCUCCGUCGACCUCCAAACCGCGCCUGAAGCGACUGGCAUCUAAGCCGCUCAAGCCGCUCAAGCUGGCCGGCUCGGCCGUCUACUCGGUCGCAACGUUCCCGGCGCGAAUGGGCAGCACCGGCGGGACGGGUACUCCAUCGGCCGUCGACGACGAGGACCCGCUCGCCCCAGCGUCCACCGCGACGACUUCGCGCCAGGGCACCUGUUCGACUGCGUCCACGCUUCUCGAGCCGCCGAAUGAGGUCACCGCAGCUGCUUCCGCGAAGAAGCGUGGCUUCACCCGCCGACGUAGGCACCACCAGAACGUCGGCGGCAGCAUGAUCCUCGACGCGUCCCAGGUGGUUGCCACUGCUCGGGGCCCGCGCAAGCCUCUCGAGGGCGAGGAGCCUGCCGCUACGCUCCGUGUUCGCGUCGUCAGCGCCGAGGGCCUGGUCGCAAAGGACCGCAAUGGUCUCUCUGACCCCUACGUGUCCGUCUUGAUGCCUCCUCAGACCCGGUUCACCACGUCAGUCAUCAAGCGGUCGCUCAACCCGACCUGGCCGGCUGCCGGAAGCACGUUUGACUUUCCCAUCUAUCUUUCCCUCGCUGGCGUGAUCGGCGGCCGCGGCCUCGAGGCUGUCAUGUGGGACAAGGACAUGAUCGGCAAAGAGUACAUGGGCGAGCUAUUCGUCGGCGUGGACCAGUGGUUUGCCGGUGGCUCUGCGCAGCUGUGGGACGAAGGACUGAAGCCAAACUCGUUCGAGCUCGUCUCGACCCGUCGCAAGCAAAAGGUGUCGGGAAGCGUCCAGUUGCAGAUGGGAUUCCUCAGCCCGCCUGGCGCGGCCAACGCGGCCGACGCACUCGCAAAGGUUCGCAAGGUCUUUGACACUGUCCUCUCAAGGGCAUUCCUCGGGAACCAGUCUGGUGUUCUCGGUGUCCCUGCGUACGAGGGCAUCGGCACUGUUGUGAUGACCGACGACGACCAGCACACUACAAAGGCGGGAUUUUCGGUUCUGACGUCGGCCCUUGUCGCGCCUCUUGUCGGCCCGCCACAAGAUACCUCCUUGGAGCAGUACUACCUCAACGACGGUCUUUCAAGCUCGGACGAGGACGAGAUGGAGGACGCCCUGCAAGGCGACGACGAUGGACUCCUGCACGAGUCACCUGCCAACAUGCUUGACGCGUCGCCUCUCGACGAGGCAGGUGUCCAGCUCAUCGACCAGAAGCUCGCCGAGACCAAGCUGCACCCCGACCAGCCUACUCUGUCCUCGUCGCCCCGCAAGCCGUGGAGCCGCCGUUCGUCUGGCGGCGAGUCGUCUACGCCCACCACCCCUGGCAUCCCCGGCACCCCGGGCACUGUUGCCAAGAAGCGCAAGACCAUCUUCCGUCGUGGCAAGUCUGCACGAUCCCGCCAGUUCAACCUUGGCGACAACAAGGGCGUGCGCGGUAUCGUCGUCAUGGAGAUCAACGGCGCCGAGGACUUGCCCAAGAUCAAGAAUGCCAUCAAGCUCGGCUGGGACAUGGACCCCUUUGUGGUCGUCUCGUUUGGCAAAAAGGUCUUCCGUACCCGCGUCAUUCGUCACUCACUCAACCCUACAUGGAACGAAAAGCUCGUCUUCCAUGUGCACGAGCACGAGGAGCAGUUUACCGUUCAGAUGGCUGUGCUCGACUGGGACAAGAUCUCGGGCAACGACAUGGUCGGCACGUGCACCCUCCCGCUCCAGGAGCUCAUGCAGGACGCGCCUCAGCCCGACUCCGUCUCUGGCCUGUACGGUAAAGGCGUCGACGGCAAGCACGAGACCAAAGAGUUUAGCUUGCCCAUCACCACUCAAAAGUCGUCGCCGUGGGAGUCCCGUCACGCGCCCAUGCUCAAGAUCCGUGCAAAGUACGAGCCCUAUGACGCCCUUCGUCAGCGUUUCUGGCGCCAGUACGCCAUGCAGUACGACUCGGACGACACUGGCGCUAUAUCGUACCUCGAGCUGUCGUCCAUGCUUGACUCGCUCGGCUCGACCCUCACGAACAAGACCAUUGAGGGCUACUUUGCCAAGUUUGGCAAGUCGGCCGACAAGGACGAGCUCACGUUUGACGAGGUUGUGCAGUGUCUCGAGGGCGAAGUGUCCAAGACACGCGACCAGAAGCGCCACCUCUCCGACGCCGUCGACCCCACCGAACUGAGUAACCGCUUGCUCGACUCGAACUGGCCUCGCGAUAUCAACGGCGGCGGUGGCAGCGACUACAGCAGCGAGAAGAAUGGCACCGACGCGGCGGCGACUGGCUCCGACUCUACGCCGGCUUUCCGUUCCAACACUGUCCCGGCGCUUAAAGUCGAGUCUUACUCGGCCGUCAGCUCGUCGCCGGUUAGCUCGGACGUGGAAGACUCCGAGGUCCCGGGCAUGUCCGUUGAGCGCGUCAUCAACAUUAAAGAGUGUCCUCUCUGCCACCGGCCACGCAUGGGCAAGCGAUCUGAGCAGGACAUGGUCACGCACCUUGCCAUCUGUGCGUCUGUGGACUGGUCGCGUGUCGACCGCAUCGUCUCUGCGUCGUACGUUACCCCGAGCCAGGCCCAGCGCAAGCUUGUUUCCAAGAUUAUCAACAAGGUGGCUGUGGGACAGUACUCGUUGGGCGCCAACUCUGCCAACAUCCUGGUGCAGGACCGCCUUACGGGCCAGUUGCAAGAGGAGAAGAUGGCCGUGUAUGUGCGUAUCGGUAUCCGAGUCCUGUACAAGGGUGCCAGGACACAAAUGGCGGGUGCGCGGGCGCGCAAGCUGCUCAAGUCCAUGUCGGUCAAGCAAGGAACAAAGUACAACUCUCCCUCGUCGGCUGCGGACAUUAUGCCGUUUAUUGCGUUCCACAACCUCAACGUUGCCGAGAUCAGGGACCCGCUCAGCUCGUUCAAGACGUUUAACGAGUUCUUUUACCGCAAGCUCAAGCCCGAGGCACGGCCCCUCGACGAGCCCGACAACCCUUACCGCCUCGUGUCUGCCGCCGACUGCCGCAUGAUGGCUUUUGACACGGUCAGCGACGCGACCCAGAUCUGGAUCAAGGGCCGCGACUUUUCCGUUGCGCGUCUCCUGGGCCCCGCGUACCGCAGCCAGUGGGACAACUAUGACGGUGGCGCGUUGGCCAUCUUCCGUCUCGCUCCCCAGGACUACCACCGCUUCCACUCGCCUGUCCGUGGCCGUAUCGGCAAGAUGACCAUGAUCGACGGCGAAUACUACACCGUCAACCCGCAGGCCAUCAGGACUGCGCUCGACGUGUAUGGCGAAAACGUCCGCAAGAUUGUGCCCAUUGAGAGCGAAGAGUUUGGCACCGUCAUGACCGUCUGGGUCGGCGCAAUGAUGGUCGGCUCCAUCGGCACAUCUGUGGAGGAGGGCCAAAUGGUCGACCGCGGCGACGAGCUCGGCUGGUUUGCGUUUGGCGGCUCGACCAUUGUGUGCAUCUUUGAAAAGGGCCGCGCGGUCUGGGACGAGGACAUUCAGGCCAACGGCGCCGCAGCGAUCGAGACGCUUGUCCGCAUGGGCAUGGGGAUUGGCCGUGCCCCCCAGAACGUUUCGCGCAGGGGCAGCGCGGCCACCCCGUAG